AUGUUCGGAUGGAUUCAUGAGAGUUUUCGACAGUUGAUUACUCGGAAGUAUGGAAGGCCAAUCUGGCUUAAUAUCUUAGAAUUGGCGAAAUAUAAGGAAGGCGAUGAAUGCUACAUACAACACUAUUACGAUGAUGAAGAAACUUUUAGACUAGCAGGAGCUGUUGCGACUGUAAUUGGUUCGACUGUGGAUGAGGUUUGGGAGGCAUAUGGUGGUUUUCUAAUACAUUACACAAUGCAAACAGGUUGGGAUGAUUUACUUCGAGCUAUGGCAUCUACAUUAGAGGAGUUUAUUGAUGGACUUGAUUCACUACAUUAUUUCAUCAAUAACCAGUUAUAUCAUGAAAGACUGAAAGGACCAUCAUUUAGAAGUGAACAGAUUUCGGAAGGAUCACUUUUAUUACAUUAUUAUUCUAGACGCCUUGGGCUGUAUCCAAUAGUUAAAGGAGUUGUUCGUGAGGUUGCCAGAGUUAUAUAUAAGUUGGAAAUAGUAAUGAAAGUUGUUGACAGAAGACAAGAAAAAUUCGGGAAUCUUAUUAAUGAUCACGUUAUUUUUCUGGUUAAGCAGGAAUUUUGUGGAUUAUCGUUGAAAGAUUUCUGCAGUGUAUUUCCUUUUCACAUAUGUUUCGACAGACAUCUCAUUUUGGAACACGUUGGUGAGUUUAAAAGACAAUUUUUGACCGAAUAUGCAAUUCCAGGCCAAAUGGUGAUGACAGCAAGUAAAAAAUACGUAAUAUAUUUAUGUACGUUAAAUGCGACAACUAUCAAGGAGUUAUUAGCUGAACAAAAUCUCUAUAUUAGUGGCAUGCAACUAUAUGAUAGAUCGAGAGAUUUGAUAAUGCUAAACCAGACCAGACUGGCACAAGUUGCUCUCAAUAAAAUGCUUGAAGAAUCAACUUAUACGGCAAGACAUUUGGGAAUUCAAUUAGCUGCUGAAAAAAAGAAGACAGACGAUUUAUUGUGUGAGCUUAUGCCAUAUGUUGUCGUGGAAGCCCUUAGGCAUGGAAAAUCCUUUGAAGCAUGUGACUUCCCCAAAGUGACAGUUCUAUUUACUGAUAUCGUGUCAUUCACUAAUAUGUGCGCGCAGUGCACACCGUUUGAUGUCGUAAUGAUGCUCAAUGAUCUUUACGUUAAAUUUGAUCGGAUUGUUGCUCUCCACAACGUUUAUAAAGUAGAAACGAUUGGUGAUGCUUACGUGAUCGGUGGUGGUGUGCCACAGUCAGCUGAAGACGAUACCGAGAGAGUCCUUAAUGCAGCUAUUGGACUUUUAAUGGAAUCUAAAACAGUUCUAAAUCCAGUUACAGGGAAUGCCAUACAAAUUCGCGUUGGUAUACAUACAGGUGAAGUGGUUGCUGGUGUAGUCGGAAUAAAAAUGCCCAAGUAUUGUCUCUUUGGUGAAACUGUGAACAUUGCCAAUAAAAUGGAAUCACAUAGUUUACCAUGCAGAAUUCAUGUCAGCAAAUUCACAAAAAAGUAUUUUUUUACAAAUAAAUUUUUUGAGUUCAGCGACCGUGGAAAAGGUAUAAUGCAUACUUUUUUCCUGGAAUGUAAUCGGUCUAAAACUGUUUGGGAAAUAAUUGAUCGACCACAAGGUACUUUAUCAAUUCAGCUGGAACUUAAAGGCCUAAACUUGGAUAUAAGAAUAAAAAAAUGUUUAUCAAUUAUUGUCACGUUCUGCAGACAAUAUCGUAAAUCAACUGCUCGCCCAGAAAUUAAUGAUUCAAAACUUUGUGUAAUAUUUUGA